AAGAAAUCAAUUUUAGAAGACCAAUUCAAAUUGAGUUUUUAUACUUCUAAGAAAAGCCUCCUCAUUCAUUCCUACUUUUGAGGUUUAUUUUCUUGUUCUAGAGAUUCGAAUUUGGCUGUUGAUUACGAUUUUUCUGGGAUUGAAUCCCUGCACUCUCUUUCUCGAGAGUAUAAAGAUCCGAUUUUGAUUGAAACCCUGUCGCGAUUUCAUGGCGAUUGUGUUUGGAUUGUGAAGGGCGUCGAUCGUUUCUCCGAUUCUUGCUGUGAAUGUUGAUGAAUCUUGAUUUCAGCUUAGAAGACUGGCUUGUGAACAUAGAUUUUGUUCUCAGGCCUUUGAUUCUGCCUGUUGGGAAUAAAUCGUUUUACUUCUCUAUUCCAAGAGAUAGAUGGGAUAAGGAGUUUUAUAAAUUAAAGGGUGGAUAAAAAAAAUUGUUGUUAGUCUUUUCUUCCUGAUUUUGGUUGAAAAUUGGGCGAAAAGACUGGAUCUUUGGUUUUGAAUUGUUCAGAUUAGGUUUUGAAGAUGAUGAAUUCUUCACAGGGUUCUACCCUUUCAUCGAAUGUGACUGGAUUUACUGGGGCAGCUUCCUCUCAUAGAGAGUCCAAGUACAUAGAUACAGUUCCUGUGUAUGUAAAGGAGCUCAUUGCUGGUGGUGCAGCUGGUGGAAUUGCUAAGACGGCCGUUGCCCCGUUGGAACGAACUAAAAUACUCCUGCAGACUAGAACUCAAGGUUUUCAUUCUCUUGGGAUUUACCCCUCGUUGAAGAAGCUACUGAAGCAUGAAGGCGUGGCAGGAUUUUACAAAGGAAAUGGAGCAAGUGUACUUAGGAUUGUACCCUAUGCAGCAUUACAUUUCAUGGCCUAUGAGCAGUAUCGUUCACAAAUCUUGGAUAACUACUCGGCUUUGGGAACAGGGCCCGUUGUGGAUCUCUUAGCUGGCUCAGCCGCUGGUGGGACUGCAGUUUUAUGCACUUAUCCACUAGAUUUGGCUCGCACCAAACUCGCCUACCAGGUUGUAGACACAAGAGGAGAUCUGAAGCACGGGACGAGGCAGUUUCAUUCCAAUCCUGCUUACACUGGAAUUGGAAACGUAUUCAAGAUGGUCUACACAGAAGGGGGAGUCCGAGGUCUAUACCGAGGCAUAGGUCCGACACUUAUAGGUAUUCUUCCAUAUGCUGGCCUUAAAUUUUAUGUUUACGAGGAGCUAAAGAGGCACGUCCCCGAAGAACACCAGAAGUCGAUUGCAAUGCGGCUAUCUUGUGGAGCCAUAGCUGGUGUACUUGGACAGACGCUGACAUACCCCUUAGAUGUUGUCAGGAGGCAGAUGCAGGUCGAGCAUCUGCAACCUUCAUCACAAGGUGGUCACGUGUAUAAGAGCACGUGGGAGGGGCUCGCUUCCAUUGUCCGUAAUCACGGUUGGAGGCAGUUGUUCGCUGGCCUAAGCAUCAAUUACAUCAAGGUUGUACCAUCUGUUGCAAUUGGUUUCACAGUUUAUGACUCGAUGAAGACUCGGUUGCAGAUUCCUCCUCGUCAGAAAUCGAGCACGUCUGCAUCAGCAUGAUCUUGCUGCUCUACUACCUAAUUUACUAGAACAGAGAUCGACUUUGAAAUAGAAGAGAUGAAACUCUUUUGACAAAUAGUUCUAUGUAUGUAGAUGAAAAUUUUCCAUAAAA